UCGACCCUCCACGGUAGUUGCUUAUGUGGAAAGCUCACUUUCGAGCUGCUGGAUGUAACUGAGGAAGCCCAAAUGAAGACCUCGUUGUGCCACUGUCGCCCUUGUCGCAAAAUUUCUGGGGGAACGGCGUCACUCAACCUGACUGUGCCGGACAAAAACUUCGUUUUGAAAACCGGGGAACUGAAGAAAGUUCGCACCACUCAUGUUGACGAGGGUUUUGAUUUCUCGAUUGCAUUUUGUCCCGAUUGCGGGAGCCCGAUCUACGGGCAGCCACAUCCUAACCCGGGGGAUCCUGAGCUUGGAAUUGUGGUCAUCCAAGUCGGGACCUUGGACAACAUGGGCCCUUUGAAAGCUACGCCAACAGUAGAGAUUAACGUCAAGCAUCGACUGCCGUGGGUGGGCAAGGUGGAAUCGGCACAUCAAAAGAGGACGUAUGUAGACUAA